AUGGCUUCUGCAAUGCUCCAGGCCAGACAGGCGGCCACGAUGAGCAAAAUGCCCAUGUCUCCACCCUACCCAGCGACCACCUCAGCCCUCGGCGGUUCACCUACAAUCAACCCCGAUGUCCCAAUAUGUGCCGUCUUUCUUCUCUUGUAUAUGAUCGGCGCUGCAUGCCACAUGGCCAUCUUUCAGACGAACCAAAAAAGAGGGCACAAGUUCCUCAUCUCCGGCAUGUUGUUCGGCUUCUGCAUGUCAAGACUGGUCACGACGUCGUUGCGCAUCGCAUGGGCUGUCUACCCCCACAAUGGCAGAUUAGCCAUUGCUGCCAACAUCUUCGUCGCGGCAGGAGUGGUGCUGCUCUUCAUAAUCAAUCUCCUCUUUGCCCAACGCAUAGUUAGGUCCUCUCAUCCCAACGCAGGCUGGCAUCCCAUCUUCCAUUACUCAUUUGUCGGCCUAUACGUUCUCAUCGUCGUCAGUCUGGUCGCUCUCAUCACCUCCGUCAUUCAGCAGUCUUAUACGCUCAACCUGAACACAAAACGCAUCGACCACGACAUUCAGCUCUACGGCCAGACCUUGUACGCCUUCGUCUCCUUCCUACCUGUCCUGCUCGUGGUCGGGGGCCUCGUCAUACCUCGCAAGACUCGUGUGGAGAAAUUCGGCAGCGGGAGAUUCAGGCACAAGAUAGCAAUUCUGCUCCUGGCUUCCUGUAUCCUCAGCUCAGGUGCAUGUUUCCGCGCAGGUGUCAACUACGCGGGUGGGAAACGGCCAAGGGCCGACCCAGCCGGCUACCAGAGCAAAGCAUGCUUCUACAUCUUCAACUUUACCGUCGAGAUCAUAGUCAUCUACCUCUACGUGAUCGUGCGAAUCGAUAGGCGCUUCUUCAUCCCGAACAACAGCCAUGGGCCAGGGGACUACUCCAGGACGCUAAAGGAGGCAGGAUCAGAUAAGGAAUUGGCGAGCAUGGAGGGCAUGCCGAUCGCCUCUGAAGAACAGAUCUUCGAUGACAAACGUCCGGAGGACCCGACUCGAAGCAACAGGGAAACGGGCAAGGUGGUGGAUGAAGAGAGGGGACUUUCAGCCGACGAAGAAAUCAGGCAAGGGCAAGCGCCUGCUGCAGCGUCGAAUUUUGGAGCUUCGUUUACGCCGCCUACUCCUUUACUUACCCCACCUCCAGCUUCCUAUCAACCUCGAGAACAAGGUUAUUGA